AUGGCACAUUCUAGUUUCUCAAGUGCACCACUCUGUCAGCGUGUAUUAUUUCUAUUUGCUUGUGUUUUUACAUUUUUCGUUAGCUUGUUCCUAAUUAUUCGCGAUGAAAAUUACAGUACUUCAAUCAGCUAUUCAACCACAUCGGCAGCUUUAUCCUGGGUGCCGUUGAAUUCAAAUACCACCAUAAGUUAUCCUGCAAGAUACUCGGCAUUUUCCCCUACUAUUGAAACCGUGACUAGACACAAUGGGAGUCUCGGAGUUCACCAAUAUCGUGGCCAGACAUUGUAUGUCUCAUAUGAUGCUUGUAAUCCAGCUCUUUUAAAAGCCUCAUUAGAAGAAGAGCCACUUUACAACACUACCCUGAAGAUGUUUGUCCUGGAUGAUGUCAUUCCCAUCGUUAUCCGUGGAGGUUGUCAGUUUAAAGACAAAGUCAUCAACUUACAAGACCUCGGAGCUAAAGCGGUAAUUGUUGGAAAUGACAUGAACCAACCAAAACUAAUUGAAAUGAGGGCUGAUUUCCAACUUAAAGACGUUAUCAUUCCCGCACUUUUCGUCUCACAAGCCGCUAGGCUAGAUUUGCAUCAAACAAUUUUCAGAAGUGAUGAUAUUAUUGAAAUAACGUUACUGACCUCCCAAAACGUUCCUUUGAGAGAGCAAAAAUUUCUAUUCUACAUAAUGGGGCUCAUUUUGAUAUCCGUUUCUUUUGCUACAGGCUAUGGUAUUCAUCUUGUUCGAGCUGAGUUAAAAAAUUCAAAGAAAAUUGAAUCUGAUGUUAACAUUGAGCUUAUUCCAGAUGUGCUGUACAAAGAACAAGAAGCAAACGUCUACAGCAAUUCUAAUUAG